GGGAGCUGAAUCAGUGAGUCACACACUCUGCCUUCUAUGUGUUCUGGACACUGAGGGGAGACCCAGAGGGAGAAUCAAGGGCCCUACCGUGUGGGAGCUCCUGGCAGCUGGAAUUAUGGAGUGAUAGCACAUACCAGAUGAAAUAUGAAGUAGCAGCUUUUAAGCCUGAGCAUGGAAACAUGCAGGCCCAACACAACUUGGCUUAACUCAGACUCAACAAACCUGAUCCCAGACUCUGCUCCCUGAGCUUGCUACAGCUCUCUGAUCCUGGAAUCUUCUUCAAUUCCAGCCAGCAUGCUGUGCCAGGCACUUCGUAGAUUCGGUCAAAAACUGGUACGAAGACCUAUGCUGAAGGAACCGGUGGCUGAGAAUGACCCACGGAGAAGUCUGAGCACUCUGAAUUUAGUGGCCCUGGGUGUCGGCAGCACAGUGGGUGUAGGUGUGUAUGUCCUGGUAGGCGAGGUGGCUGCCAGUCAGGCAGGACCAUCCAUUGUGAUCUGCUUUUUGGCAGCUGGACUAUCUUCAAUGUUGGCUGUGCUGUGCUAUGCAGAGAUUAGUGCCCGGGUUCCCCAUUCUGGUUCUGCAUAUCUCUACAGCCAUGUCACUAUAGGUGAACUCUGGGCUUUCAUCACUGGCUGGAACUUUAUUCUCUCCUAUGUUGCUGGUACAGCCAUUGUGAUCCAGGCUGGGACCUUAGCUUUUGACAUUCUACUUGGGAACCAGAACUCUCACACCCUCCACGAGAGCAUCACACAGCAAGUUCCCCGUGUUCUUGUAGAACAUCCAAACUUCUUUGUUGUGAGCUUUGUAUACUUCCUCAUAGAAUUGCAGACUCUGAGAUUUAGUCAGUCUUUCAUGGUUACAAAAGUGAUCACAUUGGUGAAACUUUUGGUUCUUGGUUUUGUCAUCAUCUCUGGGUUCAUUAAGGGGGACCUGCACAACUGGAAGCUCACAGAAAAGGACUUCUUAAAGGCUGGACUCAAUGAUACCUCCACCUUGGGCCAUAUGGGCUCGGGAGGAUUUGCGCCUUUUGGCUUCAAGGGGAUUCUCCGUGGAGCAGCUGCCUGUUUCUAUGCAUUUAUUGGUUUUGACAGUAUUGUUACUAGAGUCGAAGAAGCCCGGAAUCCCCAGCAUUCCAUCCCCAUGAGCAUUGUGAUUUCACUGUUCAUAUGCUUUUUCUUGUAUUUUGGUGUCUCUGUGGCACUUACACUUAUGGUGCCUUACUAUCAGUUUCAACGUGGAAGCACCUUGCCUGAGGCAUUUCUCCAUAUUGGCUGGGCCCCUGCCUACUAUGUUGUAGCUUUUGGAUUCCUCUGUAGUCUUUUGGCCAAUGUCUUGGGCUUUAUGGUCCCCAUACAUCAGGUGAUAUACAGGAUGGCACAGGAUGACUUCUUAUUCCCGGCGCUUGCCAGGGUCCAAACUGGUACAUGCACCCCUCUCAUGGCAAAUGUGAUCUUUGGCAUUAUUGCACCAAUCAUGGCCUUCUUCUUUGGACUCACUGAUCUUUUGGACCUCAGUUCAAUUGGGAUCCUGCUUACUCAUAGCCUGGUGGCUAUUUAUGUUCUCAUCUGCCGAUACCAGCCUGAAAGGAGGAAUUGGGGAAAUGAAUCAGAGAUGCAGGAGGAGAAUGGACCUGCAGCAGAGAGGCUGACUCUACAGGGACUACUUUUUCCAUGCAGCCCCAACCCCACUCCACUUUCUGGCUGGGUUGUCCAUGUUUGCUCCUCACUGCUUGCUCUGCUGCUCACUCUUCUUUGCCUGGUGCUGGCCCAGUGGCCAGUUCUGCUUUCUGGAGACCCAGUGUGGAUUUCAGUGGUUGUGGUGCUCCUGGUGCUCAUCAUUGGGAUCACUGUGGUCAUCUGGAGACAGCCACAGAGCUCCAGUCCCCUUCCCUGUAAGGUCCCUGCUCUGCCUCUCCUCCCACUACUGAGCAUCUUUGUGGAUGUUUACCUUAUGAUGCAGAUGACAGGUGGCACCUGGGCCCAAUUUAGUGUCUGGAUGUUGAUUGGGUUUGCUGUCUACCUCGCCUAUGGGAUCCAGUACAGCCUGUUCACUUAACCCCAACUAAGUUAGAGCCAAAACUAUAGGACUUGAACUCAACAGUGCCAGUACAUUCAGUUUGACAUCAUUACACCUGAAUGCAGUCAGGUCUCCUGCAUAAUAAUGGAGGGUACUCUUGAUCGCAUGAAAAGCUAGGCCUCCUGUGGAUUGUUUGUGGGGGAACACUAAUAGAGCUCUGUAUUUAUUACAAAAGAAUGGAUGUGUCUUUGCUCUUUCUCCUUUUUUUUUUUUAAUUAUUCUACUUGCAUUUGUGUUUGUAACUGCUAACAGGGUCAAAACAUUAUUAAAAGAAACUAGAAAAAGUGCUUCAUUUCUUUAGUUAAAUAUUUAGUACCGGGAGAACAUGGGUGGUUAUGUUCCUGGCUGGCUCAGUUGGUAGAGCAUGUGACACUUGAUCUCAGGGUGGUGUGUUUGAGCCCCUGUUGGGUGUUGGCUGAAAUUAUUUAAAAUAAUAUCGACUAGCAGAAUUACUGGUUCAUAUGGUAGUUCUAUAUUUAAUUUUUUGAGGAACUUCCAUCGUGUUUUCCAUAGCAGCUACAUCAAUUGACAUUACCAACAAUAGUGCAUGAGGGUUACUUUUCCCCCAUAUCCUCACCAACACUUGUUUUUCUUGUCUUUUUUAGCCAUUCUUACAGGCAUAAAAUGAUAUCUCAUCGUUCUGUUAAUUUAUGUUUCCCUGAUGAUUAGUAAUGUUGGAUAUCUUUUCAUGUGUCUCCUGCCCAUCUCUAUGUCUUCUUUGAAAAAAUGUGUAUUCAUAUCCUGUGUCCAUUUUUUAAUUGGAUUAUUUGUUUUUUUGGUGUUGAGUUCUUUAGUUUUAAGUUUUUUUUUUUUUCUGCAUUUGGGGCAUUAACCCCUUAUUGGAUAUGUCAUUUGCAAGUAUUUUCUCCCAGUUAGUAGGUUGCCCUUUUGUUUUGUCGAUGGUCUCCUUUUACAUCCUUUUACAAGAAGCAAAAGCUUCUUGGUUAAAUAAAUUUGAAAAGAUAUACGCACCCCUAUGUUUACUUUAUUUUUAACUUUAUUUAUUUUGAGAGAGAGAGGAAGCAUGAGUAAGAGAGGGCAGAUGAAGAGGGAGAGAGAGAGGAUGCCAAGCAGGCUCCACACUGUCAGCAUGCAGCCUGAUGUAGGGCUUGAUCACAUGAACCAUGAGAUCAUUACCUGAGCUGAAAUCAAGAGUGAGAUGCUUAUUCUAUGGAACCACCAAGGCACCCCUAUUGCACAUUAUUUACAAUAGCCAACAACAACAACAACAACAACAAAUAGCCCAAAGUUCUUAAAUAUAGGGAAUAAACUGGUAAUUGCCAAUGGGGGAGUGGGUAGAGGGAUGGGUGAAAUUGGUAAAGGGAAUAGAGAAUAUACUUAUCUUGAUGAACAUUUGAAAAAGUGUGGAAGUGUUGAAUCAUUAUAUUCUACACCUGAGAAUGGUAUAAUGACAUUUAUGCUAAUUAUACAUCAGUAAAAAAUAAAUAAAAAAUCAUAAAAGACCAAAAAAA